CGUCAGCGAACGGAAUCGUUUUUGGCAGCGGUUGCCACACGACGCAUGUCUACGCGGGAAUCGGGAGGCCCUUUAUAACCCCGGUCCAAUGGCAAACCAAGACAGUUCCAACAGCACCACCGAAACCACCAGUUAUCCAACAAUAAAUCUAGUCAUGGCCCUGAUUAAGAUCACCCUUAUCUGCUGCGCUCUGAUCGCUGCCAUCGAGUGCGCCCUGCUCCCAGCUGCCGUUCCAGUGGGAGUUCCCCUGAACACCGAGGUGGAUCCGCAUCCGCAGUACGCCUUCGCAUAUAAUGUCCAGGAUGCAAUCACCGGAGACAGCAAGAGCCAGCAGGAAGUGAGGGAUGGAGAUGUGGUUAAGGGAUCCUACUCCGUGGUGGAUGCCGAUGGAUCUCUGCGCACCGUCUUCUACACCGCCGAUCCCAUCAAUGGUUUCAAUGCGGUGGUGCAGCGGGGACCAGUUCCAGUGGCUGCUCGUCCUCUGGUGGCUCCAGUGGGUGCCCCUCUUUUGGGUUAGAUCCUCAAUCUUCUAGAGCUUUAAACACUUGGAACCUAACUUUUAUAUAACUUAUUGUCUGCUCCUUAGUAAUAAUAAAGUCAGUAAGCCAAAGAAUAUUUAAAAUAUUUAGGAAAAAUCCUAUGUUCAUAUAGUCCAUGAAUAACGAAACUUGUUCAGUGACUAAACUUUUAGUUUUACACUCUAGUAAAAUCAAAAACGAGUUUACAUUUGCACCUAUCCAUUUUAUUAAUUAGUGAGUUGAGCAUGCAAGCUCAAGGCCUCAAAUUUAUACUAACUUAGUUAAUGAUAAUGAACUAAAUUAAAAGUAGUGCAAAAUAACAAGAUUCUGAGUGAGUGCAUUAUCAAGAGCAAAAUAUGCGUGUCAUUAAGAUGCAUAGUAUGUAGUUUUGAACUUGAAAAUCAGUAAAUCAGUAUUUUAACCGUUAAUUAUAUCAUAACUUGGUCUAAAAGGCAACGUGUUCAGUGGAACUAAUUACCUCGUGGAGUUAUUCGUGACUUCAUAUCAUGUUAAAACUGUUUUGUAAUCUAAAUUGUAACAACAGCACCAGGAAAAGACCAAUCCCCCAAAGAAAGCUGGCCCAUAUCACAGGCCAUUUUUCACUUACAUAAGAAACCAAUCUUAAAUGGCUAUCUCCCCCCAGCUGUCCCACGCCCAAAGAACUCUUCCACUCCAAAUAAAUACAUUCACUCGCUGGCCCAACACGCACUCAAAUUAUUCAAUAGCUUAAUUGAAAGUAAAAAAUCGGCACGAGAUGCAAUUUUUGGAUUACGCAAACCCCAACCCGAGCAUGUCCAUACAUGUUGCUGCCGGCGCCGACUGCAGCAGUAAACGGUGCAGCGGCAACUGCAGCAGUAACUGCAACUGCAACUGCAGCAGCGACUGCAACGCCUAACAAGCGGCGGUACGCGUUGAAAAUUAGUGAUAAUGGGCAAAAUUGUCCCAAUGGCAACAGAGCG